CCGCAGGUAUCCAUCCACCUCAGUCUUCAGCCAUGGCACGGAUGACCUGGAAACCAAAGUGAACCAACCCUUCAAAAUCACAAUGGAGCUGGAGGCUAAUUCAAACUCUGAGGCCCAGCCAGACCUGACAUAUCCAUCUGUGUCCAACUCUCAGUGUGAAAUGGCCAUGGGCGAUGGGAAUAUCAACCUGGUGGAGCCGAUGGUGAGAGGUGGCAGCGACCCCAGUGCUUGCCCUUCCUCAACCAGCUACCAGAGGAAUGUGCAUCAGAGAUUCAUCAGGAGGAACCUGUGGUUCUCGGACAUGGACGAGCAGGCCUUCGAGGCACCCGAAUGUGACAACAGGAGUAAGAUCCUGAAUAUAAACCUGCGAACAAUAGUGGACAGGACUCUGGCGACCACCUGCGGUACACAGGAGGCGUCCAGCGCCGAGAGCCCAGGUAGGCAGAAGGACGGUGGGACGGAGAGCGCCACCGCUGUUGAGGAGGAGAAGGAGAAGCCUGGAGAUGUGUUGAGUGUUACUUGCAGCAACGGUGCUAAAUCCGCUAUCAAGGCCUCCAGUGAGGAGACUGAGGAGGAGGCGGAGAUGAAGGCGGUUUCCACAUCUCCAGGAGGAAGGUUCCUCAAGUUUGACAUUGAACUGGGGAGAGGGUCCUUCAAGACUGUCUACAAGGGCCUGGACACAGAGACCUGGGUGGAGGUGGCCUGGUGUGAGCUGCAGGAUCGUAAGCUGACAAAAAUGGAGCGUCAGCGCUUUAAGGAGGAAGCAGAGAUGUUGAAGGGUCUCCAGCAUCCCAACAUUGUCCGUUUCUAUGACUUCUGGGAGUCGCCCCUUAAAGGGAAGAAGUGCAUUGUUCUAGUCACAGAGCUCAUGACGUCAGGGACGCUAAAAACCUAUCUAAAGCGUUUCAAGGUAAUGAAGCCCAAGGUGCUGAGGAGCUGGUGCAGACAGAUCCUGAAAGGCCUCCACUUUCUUCACACUAGGACCCCACCCAUCAUCCAUAGGGACCUCAAAUGUGAUAACAUCUUUAUUACUGGCCCCACGGGCUCAGUCAAGAUAGGGGAUUUAGGACUGGCAACACUCAAGGCAGCUUCAUUUGCAAAGAGCGUCAUAGGCACUCCUGAGUUCAUGGCUCCAGAGAUGUAUGAGGAGCAUUAUGAUGAGGCUGUGGAUGUCUAUGCCUUUGGCAUGUGUAUGCUGGAGAUGGCCACCUCAGAAUACCCCUACUCCGAGUGUCAGAAUGCUGCUCAGAUUUACCGCAAAGUCACAAGUGGAGUGAAGCCAGCCAGCUACAACAAGGUCAUGGAUCCUGAAAUCAAGGAGAUUAUUGGGGAGUGUAUCUGCCAAAAGAAAGAGGAGCGGUACACCAUCAAGGACUUGUUGAACCAUGCUUUCUUUGCCGAGGACACAGGUGUGAGGGUAGAGCUGGCUGAGGAAGACGAUGGGAAGAAGGCCUCAAUAGCCCUCAAACUGUGGGUGGAGGACCAUAAGAAGUUAAAAGGGAAGUACAAGGAGACUGGAGCCAUCGAGUUCGCGUUUGAUUUGGAGAAGGAGGUCCCUGAGGUUGUGGCACAAGAAAUGGUGGAGUCUGGCUUCUUCCACGAGAGUGAUGCUAAGACUGUGGGAAAGUCGAUCAGGGAUCGCGUGGCACUGAUCAAAUGGAGAAGAGAGAGAACAGUGUCUGCUGCAGUUGCAGUGGAUCAGGGUGAAGGAGGACACAGGGUCCAGAUGACUCCGUCUCAGGGCAUCUCAGCUGGGGCUGCACAUGUAGGACAGCCCCCUAUGCUGGAACCAGAUGAGCCAGAUGCAGACACGCACAACAGGCUGUGUAACCUACCAGCCAGUGCCACCUCAGUCACAUCAGACAGCACGCUUGACAGUGGCAUGGGCUCCACUGUGUACUCAGACUCCCACAGCAGCCAGCAGAGUGUCCUCUACCAGUCCCUGCUGGAGCCUAUUACUAUGGCAACGCAGCAGUUCCAGAGCAGUAGCCCUUUUCUCACCGAUCGGCCUCACUCCUGUGAGAAGGGUGAAAUAUGGGGGGGAGCACUGAGUCCAGAGCUCAGGACUCGAUUGGGAGCAGCAGCCCGGAGAGGAAGUGCUCCUGUUAUUGACACACGCAGGGCCAACCACAAUGCUCAACUGCAUGCCUUCAGUCAAUCUCGGAGAUCGAUUAGUCCCAGCUUCACAGUACCAGAGAACCAGUCCGAACUCAGUCCCUCCGAGCUUCACUCAGAGGCUGGCGAUGGGUUUCCCACCCAGGGGGUUCUGCCUCUGCUGCAGCUCUCCCCUGUGUCGUCACUUUGUGAACAUCGCCGCCUGAGUGACACCGGCAUCAGAAUGACAUCAGAGGCCAGUGAGAACUCAGCCCUACCUGUGCCAAGUGGACGCAGACAUUCUGACCUCAGCAGCCUUCUCAGUGUAACCUGUCAUCAUAAUCACCAUUUUGCAAAGCAUAAACCCCACAUGUGCCAGGCCUGCCUCUCUUUGCUUCUUUUGAAGUCACGAGAAGGCAGCCACCGCUACCCUUCUUUCGCCAUGCCAGCACACCACUGUCCAUGUGACUUAAGGCACCAGCUGUCCUCUGGUGGAACCAUGACCCCUUCUGGUUAUGGUCGGCCAAAAGGUUCCAGCGAUUGCUCUGAUUUCUCACUGCUGCAGAAGUCCCUGUUCAAUAUAACCGGCCGCAAAGCAGCCCCCUGUCACGCCACACCCUCCCAGGCCUCAGUGCUGCACCUCUCAGCUGCACACAGGCCUGGGAGCAGCGAUGGAGGCAGCAGCAUGAAGAGUCAUCUCCUGGGUGGCAGCUCAGUUGCAGAUCAGGAACCCCUCCAGGACAGCAUGAUUAGAUUCAGUGCCGAAGAGCAGCAGGUUACCGAGGCUGUGGGAGUGACCAGUUCUGCAGGGCAACAGAAUCAACAUUCUGUCCAAGGCCUGCCUUCUUCCAGCACAGCAAUGGCCACACCACUGCAGUACCUCCAGCCUGGACAAAGUUAUCCUGCUGCUCCAUAUGCUGGUCCACCUAGUGCUGCAACACCAGCUCCAGCCGGUCAAUGUUUAGUCAACAUCCAGCAUGCAGGCAAUGCUGCUGGCUAUCCACCUCCAGCUGUGCAACAAACCCAAGCUACAGCACUUAUUUCAGCCUCAUCUGUGCCACAACAUGUUGCACAGAGCCACCAAGCAGCAGGUUACCAACAGCAACCGGCAACAGCAGCAAACUCUUCAACUUUUUCUUUGCAAGUCCAACAAACGUGUCAGAACUGUGUGGUUCCCUCUCAACAACAGGCUCAGUUUACAUCAGGAUAUCCUCCAGUUCAGCAACAGACUACAGCAGAAGCAGCCGCCCUGCCAGCACAUCAGCCUCUUGCAUCUGUAGGCCCAGCCAUUGCAGCCACAGCCCAGUGUCAUCCCGCACACACACUGCAGCAGGUCCAAGCUGCAGUCAAUCUGCCAAGUCAGCAACCUUGUCAGAGCUCCUCCGCACCAGCACUUUACAACCAACAGAUCCCCGUUCAGCAAGAGCACCCACACCCCUUACCACAAAACACUCAAUCCAGCAUACAAACACAGAAUGCUGGACAGGCGUAUAUUCAACCUCAACUCCAGCAUAAACAAGAUAAUGUGCAUCCCCUACACCAACAAAUUGCACAACAGCCUAUCCACCAAUCUCAAAGUCAGUAUCCCAGUCAGCAGCAAUUGUACACCCCAGCUCUACAAGCCAUGCACGCAGCAAUUGCACAUCAAAGCCAGGACGUGUCCCAGUCUACUGUCCAACAUGUUCCGACCCCAGCCUCUCAGCCUCAUCUCACAGCAACAUCAGCUGCGAUGGUUUCAGCCACACAUCAGAGUUACCCUGCUGCAGGUCCCCCUGAUGCUGCCUCUCAGAGCUAUGCACACUCGGCCUUCAAUGUCCUGCACCAACAGUCUGCUCCAGCUCAGAGCCAGUACCUUUCUGCACAGCCCACUGCUGCUUCGCAGACCUAUGGAGGGGCUACUCAGAUGGUGACUCCUCAGAGCCUUCCUGCCUCUUCCCAGCAUAGCCAGGCUGCACAUCUAUCUCAACAGUUUCAACCCUAUCUUUACAUCGCUGCUCUCCUGAAUCAGAAUAUUCCUGCUGGACAGAGCAUAUCCCAGCUUGGACAAGACGGACAGGGCCAUGCGCAGAAUCUCAGCCAGUUUGCUCCCAGUAUGAUGACCCAGGCACUUCCCCCUCAACAGCCAAUGGCCCAGGCUAAUGUCAAUCAACAAUUCCAACCUCUGCAGAUAUUAACCUCUCUACCACCGACACACCAACCCCAGGCCCAGGUCAGCCAUCCUGAACUUGUCCCCUCUGCUCAGCCAGUCCAGCCUGCACUUUUCUCCUCACCUCUCUAUAAUGGAACUGAUCCAGGCGCAGCCACCACUGUUGCCAAUCUGGACAAGAGUAACCCAUGCCAGCUGGCCCUGCAGGCCCAGAGUCAGCUUCAGAGCCAAAUUCCUGUGCUGCAGCCCUCGGACUCUCAGCAAGCAUUAUCUGGGUCUGCCAGCUCCAGUGUGACUCAGCAGAAACCUCUCGGUUCUCUAACAGGAGCUGCAGAGACCAACACGGAGGAUCAGAACGCAGAGAAACACACUGCAGGACAGAGCUAUGACAGUGUCAACUCUGAUGCCAUGUCAGGGAAGGAGAUGAGUGAUGGUUAUGAGGGGACACAUGGAGGUAAAGGUGAAGGGAAAGUCCGCAAACACCAUCGCAGGUCAACACGCACUCGCUCCCGUCAAGAGAAAACCAGCAGGCCAAAACUCAGCAUGCUCAAUGUGUGUAACACUGGGGAUAAGAUGGUAGAGUGUCAGUUGGAAACUCACAACCAUAAGAUGGUCACAUUCAAGUUUGACCUGGACGGAGAUGCACCAGAGGAGAUUGCCACAUACAUGGUGGAGAACGAUUUUAUUUUACCACUGGAAAGAGAGGUCUUCAUUGAACAGAUGAAGGACAUUGUGGACAAAGCUGAGGACAUACUGAGUGAGGACACAGAGGGUGAGAGGAACUCUGACCCGGGAGGCAGUCCCAAACGGAGCGAAGGAACUGACACACCAGGAACAGAGGCAUCAGCGCCCAGCACCCCACAGCCGGUGUACCAACAAAAUGUCCUCCAUACUGGGAAGCGCUGGUUUAUCAUCUGCCCUGUAGCCGAGACGCCCAUGCCAGACAAUAAGAAGACUGCAUCUCAGAUCACUACAGCCCAGGAAGCUGAAAACUCUGUUUCAUCAGUCAGGCCCGACUGCAACACAACUGCAGUGACUACCCCGGUCGCAUCUUUAUCGUCUCAGAACCCGCCGUCCUCCUCCCCCGCUCUGCCCCUUGCUGCUCAGAGCUCAGUACAACCUCCAGACCAAAACAUUGGAAAUUCUCGGGUCCAGCAGACUCAGCCCUGUGUAACUAAACAUGCCAUGGCUGCUGCUGGAGUCAGACAUCAAAACUCCCUUCCUGUGGAAGAACCUUACAUCUCUGCUGUCUCUAUGGUGACGGACAUUCCAUGUUGUGCUAUUGUGCCACCUGUCUCUCUGGAUGUGAAUGCCAUUGAUAAAGGAGCAGCUGGAGGUUUGGCCUCGUCUCAGAGGAAUCAGCCCAUCGAGAAGGCCAGUCCGACUGGAGAGCUACCCCCUCAGCUCGCCUCCCAUCAGUCUGUAGUCCUGCAGCAACCCUAUGCCACACCCAUGCAGCCUGGGACAGCGACCUCCCAGCCCCAGAGUCCAGCACAUCAGACCUCCCAAAACUCUCAGUCAUCAAGCCACCAGCAGCCUGCAAGUGGGGGGCCAGGAGAGUCAGACAGUGAGGGACCACGCAGGGUGGAGUUUGUUGACCGCACCAUCAAGACUCUGGAUGAGAAGCUGAGAAACCUGUUGUACCAGGAGCAUGCUCCCUCCCAGCCUUCAAGUUCGACAUCUGAUCCCCAGGCCUCCAGCACAGAGGGAGUCGUCACCCCGCCAGUCUCUGACGGCCAGAGCAUUGAGGGAGGACUUGCAAAGAAGAAGGGGGACCCACUGCCUCAGAUUCUGGAGCGUACAGAUAGUGUGGGUGCACUAAGUGACUCUGCAGUGGCAGCCAACAGGGUUUUGAAAGGAAGAGAUGCAACUGCCAGCUCCACUUCAUACAGACCCAAAAGCCGUUUUCAAAUCAUUCCCACUUCUCCAGAUGUCAUUUAUCGUUUAGAGAAAAAUAAGUCAAACCGCAGCACCUGCAGUUCUACAGCACCCUCGAGUGGUUCUGGAGGGUCUUACAUUCAGACCCAGGGAAAAGGCAGGAAAGAGAAAGGUUGUGUGGCUGUGGGCAGAUCCAGUGUGGCGACUGCAGCCGACGAGGAGAAAGCAGGAACAUCCAAACCCCACAGUAGUAACCGCUACUCUGCACCACCAAACUUCUACAACACCACCCCCACCUCCAGUCCUGAUGUCACCCCGGACCAUAUCCCCCGAGCCCAGACCUUUGACAGUCCGAUGCACAACAACUACGACCACCUCGACUCUGACUCAGCAGAUGAGGACAGCAUCAGCAUAGCUCUCCCUCCGGCCCACCCCUCUCCCCCAGCUCAUGCCCUGUCUGAGCACAGUGGUGGCGACCUCAUGACGAGGGCAAUGGCCUUCCUACGGCGCUCUGGUCGCAGCAAAAGUGAGCAGAGCUCGGAUUCACCGAGCCGACAGCCCGUGGCAAUGAACGGGCACGGGCCCUUGCCUUCAGCAGGACAUGCCCACUCAUCUUACUUCAGCAGUGACAACGACUCCGAGUUUGAGGAUGCAGAUAUGAAGAAGGAGCUACAAAAACUAAGAGAAAAACACAUGAAGGAGAUCUCUGAGCUGCAGGCAUUCCAGAGGGGUGAGAUUGAGCAUCUGUACAAGGGGCUGGGCAAAAGUCUACCUCCCAACGUGGGCUCACUUCAUGCAGCACCCCCAAGUGGCCGGAGGCGUAGGGCCAGCAAACACAAGCUGAAGGCUGGAAAACUGCUCAAUCCGAUGGUGCAGCAACUUAAAAACAAUCUUAACACCGCCACUGAGAGGAAAGGUGAGAGCGGUGCCAGUUCAUCCAGCUCCCCGGCCAAAAGCUCAGUUCUGUCUGAUGGCUCUGCCCACUCCAGUGGCUGCUCCAGCUCCAGCAGUCACCCCCACACUGCCCCAGAGCAGGUUCACACACAGCAACCCUGUUCCCUGAAGGGCUCGUUCUCCUCAGACAACAUCUACGCUGGACUACAUGGCGAUGGAACGGCCCCUCAAGCAGGCCCUGGCCAAGGGUCUAAUCAAAGCGCCGCCACGGCUCAGACGGCCAACAGUCAGACACAGCCGUCACUCACCUCAGCCACACCCUCACCAUCCGCCCAGCCUAUUACACGGCUCGCUCAGGCCCAGACCAACAACAGCAACAACAAGAGAUGCACGUUCACCGAUGAUCUUCACAAACUGGUAGAUGACUGGACGAAGGAGACUGUCGCGGCAGCCAAUCAGCCACGACCCUCCCUGAACCAAAUCAAACAACAGAGACGCCAACAGGACCUGGAAGGCAAAUCUUACUCACCCACGGGAGCAGCUGGACAUGAGAUGAAAUUCCAUCAUGGUACCAGCAAGAUCCAGUUGCCUCUUUCCUGCCCCAUGACUGCAGCUUUAGGUCCUGGUAUGCCCACAAGCCUAGCUCCCAAGUCCGCAGCCAUGCUCCCUCACCUCCAGCCCAAUGGCUCCUAUGGCGGGAUGGUUCCCGGUCCUGUUUACUCUCAGCAGUGGCCCGGCGUGCCUAGCCCUGUAGGGUCAGUGGGUCCUGUAGGUCUGCUUGGUGCUGCAAGAAUGAUGCCCUAUAACACGAUGGCAAACCCAAGGAUCCAAAGCUUCCCUCUUACCAUGCACAACCCCAAAAACAGCCCCUCUCCGAAAACCGCUAGGACUAUCUAAUCUACGAACUACAACUUGUCCGUGGGUGUGUGCGGGAUAGUCCAACUCUACUCUGCUUCACCAGAGCCACAAUUGUACAUAAUUUGAAUUUGUAAAUAAUAUGACAGAGUGUUAAUGUUUAUACAACACAUACCUCCAAUCAGCCACAGCAUUGAAACCACUUGCUUAAUAUGGUGUAUGUCCCCCUCGUGCCAUCAAAACCACCCGUCGAGACGUGGGCUCCAUACGAUCUCUGAAGUUGUCCCUGUGGCAUCAAACACUAAGACAUUUGCAUCAGAUCCUCUCACGGAUGCACCAUCGGAUUGAGAUCUGGGGUAUUUGGAGUCCAUGACAACAAUUUGAACCCUGUCAUGUUCCUUUAACAAUUCCUGAAUUUUUUUUGGCGUGUAGCUUAUUAUCCUGCUGAAAGAAGCCGAUGCGAUAAGGGAGAACCACCAUGAAGGAUUUGCUUGGUCUGCAAGAAUGUUAAGGCAGGUGGUAUUUGUCAGAGUAACACCCACACAAACCCAAGAUUUCACAGCAGAACAUUGCCCAGAGCAUCACACUCAAAUUCCCCUUAAGGAUGCAAAGGCAUCUUCUACAUGAAGAAAACCUGAUUUGUCAGACCACGCCUCCAUCUUCCAUUCCUCCACGGUCCAGUUCUGACGGCUGUUUCAAUGAUAGACAGGGACCGGUCUGCGGCCACAUACACACAUUUAUUACAACAGCUUUCAAUCAUAGCUGUUGUCUGCCUUCACUUCCCACACGCGUCAGUGAGUUGUGGGUUCCCAUGACGACCAACCACUGCACACUACGGUCACCCUAAGAAGGCCUGCUGCUUUUCACAGCUGGCCCUCGUCAAAGUUGCUCAUAUUGUGAUGUUUGCAUUCAACACAUCACUUUCAAGAACCAACUGUUCACCUGCUGCCUAACAUGUCCCACCUGGUGUGGAAACCAUACCACCAGUGUCCCUUUCUGCACCAGUCAGUGGUUUUAAUGUUGUGGCUCGUUGGUGUAUAUCUGGAGUUAAAGUGUGUGUGUUUGUGCGCGCGCAUGUGUAAAUAAGUGUGAAUACUAUACAGUACUCGUCAAGUGUGUCUGAAUACCUAAUGCUUUUUGGCUUUGGUCUUUACUGGACUAAGCCAUACAACACAUUUUGUUUUCGGUCCAGAAAACCUUUUUCACUCUUUUCUUUGUUACUGCAGUUUUCACUUUGAUUUUGGCCUUUUUCUGUUUUAUGUCCAAUUUAAACACUACAUUGGAAUCCCAAAAACCAGUGGAGUGGGAAAUGGUAACAAGACAGUAUUUACAGUGAAAUAUUUGAAGGAAUGCGUUUGAAGGAGUGCCUUGAACAUUGAAUUUUAUUUUUUAUUGUCUUCUUAGAAGCCAAGCAUGUCUGCAUCCAGGUUAUUUUAAUUGAUGGAAGCUUGAGUGCAGUCUCUAUUUUUUUGUUUUAUGCAUUACAGACACUUUUUUUGGUUUACAUAUUAAUGCCCUUGUAGAACUGCACUAUUGACACAGUAUAUGCUCUUAUAUAAGUAAUAAAGUCAUGUUUUAACUUUCGUUUACCUUUCACCCCUGUGACCGAUGGAAUGCCAUAGUGGUGAGACGUACCGUUGCCUUGCAGAAACAAAUGGUUAAAGAUGAGAGGAGGAAAAAUAAUUACACCAGAAGCCAAAAUCCACUCUUUCAGGUCAAAUGGUUCAGUUGGACAUGGCCUGUUUUUUCUUUCUUUUUUUGAAAAGACAACAGUGUUGUAGCCUUGUGCUCAAAGGAAAGGCCGUGUCCUGAGCCAUUUAUACUAGACUUAGUUAUUUCUACAGUAAAUGCCUCCGGUAGUGUUCUGAUCAGAAUGUAGCAGUUAAUAUGUGAUGGCUUGAGGCUUAAAAGUGCAAUUUAACCCCUCCACAAAGCUUUGAUGGUGGCCUUGCCACAAGCCUUAUCUAAGCUGAAAAAGUUGAACAAAGUCACAACACACCAAGCGCCAGACAGAUAUUACUAGGCAAAAUAUCAAUACUACAAAUCACCCAGCGAACUCUGAAUUCACUACUGCUAAAUGUUCUUUCAGCUUGGCUGUCCUACUGCUCAGCAUACACUGUAAGUAACAUGUGCAAUCACCAGUCAAGUCUGAUGGUUUUAAUUUAUUUGAUGUUUAAAGGUUGAUUCUUAUUUUGUUGGAUGGCUGCUAUCAUCCCAGGUGAUUCCUGUGUACAGUUCAGCAUUCGAUAUACACAUGGUACUUACAAAUAAAAGACUUUUAAGUUUAAUUUACUAAUGCGAAAUGCUCCCCAUGCAGUGUUAAUGCCUUAUGGCAAUGUGUUGAUUUCCCAGGUUGCGUUUGAUAACAGCCUUUUAUUUUUUCUCGUCGGUUAUAUAUUGCAAAAUUCAAAUGAUACUUGAUGUGGGAGAUUUGCACAACAGAUAGUCUCCCUUAAUUCUGACAUAUGUUUAAGUGUUUCGUAUUCUGUAUAUUGUGGGUUUCAACGCCUGUACUUUCUUUCAUCACAGAAGUGGCAUGGCCAACUUUUCAAGUUCCACAAAGCAAAGCUAAACAAUACAGUUGCUAUGGUGAAAAAUGUCACAAUCUCCACAACACAAAUGAAAGGUUUCAGCGCCCCAAUCCUUCCAAGCUGUGAACUGUACAGUUAUCUUGUAGUUUAUAUUUGUACAUUUUGUUUGUUUGAGGGUGGUGGUGGUGUUGGGAGGGAAUGCUUUGAUGUAUAUUGUUCCAUCAAUUCGGUUUGAAUUGGACUUUUAUAGGAUAUUAUGCAGAGUCUUCUGCUUUGGUGAAAUACUUCCAGUAGUAAGAGAUUUCUGUUCUCUGUCACUUGUAUCUGGUAAAUAUAUUUUGUUCCACCUCCUCCUGGCUGCGGAUUUCGCUGUUAGCAGAGGAGGGAAUAACUAUUGUUGCCAUGUUCAUUUUGGGUGCAGGAACAGAAGCCGAAGUGCAGAGUCACCCGGUGACACUUCCCACUCCACUUGUCUCACUUCUCUCUGGACAGCAUUGCCCCCUGGUGAAUACGCUCUGAUUGUCAAAAGCUUGUAUUUAAACAGUGUGGGAUUGCUUCUGCCUGCUGUAUGACCCACUGCAUUACCCCACCCUGCCCUGCUGCACUCUAUCACACACUGUAUGUUGACAGAGAAAUAAAUAUUAUUUUGUGCUUGA